UCACCCCGAGGUUUUGAGAACGCUGUUGGGCUCUGUAUGGAUCUGUGAGUCAGAGGCUAUCAAGACAUCACCACCCGUGACUCUGCGUGUCUCUGGAGAACACAGGGGCGCAAACAAAAGCGAAAUAGCAAUGAAAAUGGAUUUAAAUGUCAUUAUAGAGAAGAUGGAGACGGGCGAGCAGGAUGCGGCACUGUCGGCGCUACAGACCUACAACAAGGAGAAGAACCUGUGCUUCUCAUUUCCCCCAGAAGAGCAGGAGGUCAGAGAGCGACUGGGUGAGCUGCUUCUGGCCUUCCUGGAGCGAGACCUCCAGCCGUCCUGCAAGCUGGCCUGCCUGGAGACCAUCCGUAUCCUGUCACGAGACAAGAGCAGACUCGAGCCCUUCUCCAGCCGCCGUGCUAUGCUGAUCCUCGCCCGUCACGCUGCAGUCGCCCACGGCGAUGGCAGCACACCUGAGAUCCCGGACCUGGACGUGAUUGUGGAGGCCCUGAAGUGUCUUUGCAACGUGGUGUUCAACAGCAGUGAGGCGCAGGAGGCCGCCGCCCAGCUGCAGCUGGUGGUGGGUGUGGCCGAGCGGCUGAAGCAGUGCCGAGAGCCACAGUGGACGCACGACGUGCGCUUCUUUGACCUGCGUUUUACAUUCCUGCUCACGGCUCUGCGUGUGGAUGUGCGUAUGCAGCUGGCAAGGGAGCUGCGUGGGGCGAGACUGCUGGCGGACGCCCUUGACGCCACCCUCGGCCUCUAUUGGCCCGACACCUACGAGGUGGCCCCCGUCGGAGGGACGGGGCUGUCUGAGUGCCCGCCUCUUGGCAGGAUGGAGACUGAGAGAGCCAUGGAGAUCCUAAAGAUCCUCUUCAACAUCACAUUCGACACUAACCGCCGCAAAGUGGAUGAGGAAGAGGCAGCCACCUAUAGACACCUGGGAGCCAUUCUGAGGUACUGCCUCAUGAGUAGAGCAGAGGGGGAAGACCGCACAGAGGAGUUCCAUAGUCACACAGUGAAUCUGCUGGGAAAUCUCCCUCUCCCAUGUCUGGACGUGCUGCUUUUACCCAAGGUGCAUCAGGCCUCCACCGAGUACAUGGGCAUCAACAUGGACGCCGUCAGUGUGCUGCUCGAGUUCAUGGAGAAGCGGCUGGACAGGGGGAACAAACUGAAGGAGACGCUUCUGCCUUCCCUCAACCUGCUGACGGAGAGUUCUCGCAUCCACAGAGAGACGAGAAAAUUUUUAAGGAUGAAAGUGCUCCCACCCCUGCGGGAUGUGAGGAACAGACCAGAGGUGGGGUGUGCUCUGAGGAACAAACUGGUGCGGCUGAUGACCCACAUUGACACAGACGUAAAGAACUGCGCUGCUGAGUUCCUCUUCGUACUGUGCAAAGAGAGUGUGUCGCGAUUCAUUAAGUACACGGGCUACGGUAACGCUGCAGGGCUGCUGGCCGCCCGGGGCCUGAUGAGGGGCGGCUGGGAGCCGGGCCACUACUCAGAGGACGAAGACAGUGACACAGAGGAAUACAGAGAGGCAAAGCCACAUAUUAACCCCGUCACCGGGCGGGUGGAGGACGAGCAGCCCAACCCCAUGGAGGGCAUGACAGAGGAGCAGAAGGAGCACGAGGCCAUGAAACUCGUCAACAUGUUCGACAAACUCUCCAGGAACCAUGUGAUCCAACCAAUGAAGCUCGGAGCAGACGGGAAGAUGACCAAGCUGGACCCCCACCACCUGCAUAGUCUGCCUCCACCGCUGUUCCACAACCCGGACCAGAAUGAGGAGGAGGAGGACGAAGAGCACUCGGACUGAAUACGCUGGAGGCCGACGGCGUCACCUCGCAGUAACGUUGUGGUGGCAGUUACAGCGACCUUCUCAAAAAUGCUCUCUGCUGGUUGAGUAACCUGAAAGAUAACAAACAGCUUGUUCACCUGUCACACCUGCAUGGGGUUCAUCUGUCACCUGUUCACACACUAAAAGGGCCUGAAUUGUGAAUGACACUACCUGAUAAGUACAGUUACACACACACACACACACACCAUGUUAUUCCCACUUUGCCUUUCUGUGUUUGGCGGUCUGUUCAGCAGUAAUAUUCUCUAUCCCAGCUCGUUACUCUGUGACAUUACUGACCUGCACAGACCUGCCCAGGGUCUGUCUGUCAUGCAGUGGAAGUCACAGAAUGCAAGAUCGAUGCACCAUGUCACUGUAGAGCAGAAUUGAAAUACAUUCAUUUCCUACAUACACACUGAUCAGUAAAAUGAGUAUGUACCUUUAGAAACAAAAACACAGUUCAAUUCUCUUUUCAUUUUAGAAUGGUGAGUUGUGGCCUGGUGUGAGGAACCAAUAUUUUUUUGUUCAUUCUGAGCUCCAACAUACUUAAUUCAAGGAAGAGAAACAUCACGUCUUCGUGUCCAGACACCAUGUGAUGUCUCAUUAAAGCCUGAAGGUUUUGUCCAGGAGGUUUUUAAUGCUCGACCGAGUAGAUCUGCACUUCUGGGAGAUUUUCCAAGUAGGAUCCAUGUUUUAACCACAACAGUGCAUUUGUUUUGUGUUCAAGAGGCAAGUUAUUCUAUAUUGUGUUAAAUGGUCUUGUGAUAUUUUGGUAAAGUUUGUGUAAAGUAUGUUUGAAAGAACACUUAAUAUAAUUUGUAUUAUGCUGUGUAUUGAAAAGUUUUAUUGUGAAGUUAAUAAAAAAAAUACAGAAAGCUGAA